AUGGCUCCAAAGAAGAAAUCCCAAAAACAGAAGGAUAUAACUUGGGAUCAUUGUAAAUCCCUUGCGAAUAGGUUGAAUGUUAAAUGUAACUAUUGUCCCAAAACAAUGUGGAGGGGAACAUUUAGAAUGAAGCACCAUCUAGCUGGAACACACAAAGAAGUUGCUCCAUGCCAACAAGUGCCGGAAGAGAUAAGGGAUCUAUUUAAAAAAAUAUUAGAGGAUGCAAGAGAUGAUGAUGAACUAGAGUGCUUCGAUGAUAAAGAUUCACAAAAAAAAGGGAGCAUGGAUAGUUUUAUGAUAAAAGGAAAAAGUGGAAGUGGCUCAUCUGCUAUGAAACAACAAACUAUAAAUUCAAUGGUGAAGGAUAGAGAUUUGGUGGUUCGAGAUAUUUGUAGAUGCAUAUAUGGCAAUGCAUUGCCAUUUAAUUUAGUUAAGAGUCCACUAUUUAUUAAUAUGGUGAAGUCUAUUAGUGAAUAUGGUAGAGGCUUAAAACCACCAACUUAUCAUGAAGUGAGGGUGUCAUAUUUGAAGAAAGAAGUUGAUCUUGUCCAUACUAGUUUGGAUAAAUUUAAGUUGGAAUGGAAGAAAACUGGUUGUACAUUGAUGUCAGAUGGAUGGACUGAUGGAAAGGGUAAAUCUCUUACUAAUUUUCUUGUUAAUAGUCCUAGAGGGACUGUUUUUAUAAAAUCUGUUGAUACAAGCAGCUUUAUUAAAGAUGCUGAAAAAAUGUUUGAAUUACUUGAUGAGAUGGUGAUAGAAAUUGGAGAAGAGAAUGUCGUUCAAGUAGUGACAGAUAGUGCUUCAGCCCUUGUAUCUGCUGGACAAAAGUUGAUGGAUAAAAGAAAGAAACUCUUUUGGUCACCUGUGCAGCCCACUGUCUUGAUUUGA